AUGGCUGCUCGGGCUCCACGCGUCGGCUACGUUGAAAAGCAACGGCGCCGGGGUUUACGAAGUGGUCGCAUUUCCGUCACCAGCGUGGCUCCUCCGGAGCCCACUCUCGAUCCCUUUCGCAUCGACACGGCCAAGGCUGGCUCCUCUGACUACUUUAAGCUCUUCGUCACGGGUCCCAUCCUCAUCCCACUUCGUAUCAUCCUCAUCUGCAUCAUUCUCCUUUUGGCCAAUGCUUGGGCCUUUCUCCUCAGCAUCGGGGCCACCGUGGAUAUCCACCAUCCCGAGAAGCUCGCCACUUGGCGAGUCAAGCUGGCCCUUCCUGUCAUCUGCUUCCUCGCCCGUUCCAUCCUUUUUGUGCUGGGAUUCUAUUACAUCGAAGUCAAGGGCCAACCCGCGCCCACAAAGGCAAGAAGAGAAGCCCUCUCCCUUCCCGGCACUGCCCGCUUCAUGCUGGUCAAUCAGUCAUUUGUGGCUCCGCUCGCUGUUUGCAACCACUUGUCCUACUUUGAACCCUUUGCACUCAUUAGCCUCGGCUAUGCCCACGUGUCCAAGUCUCAAGUCGCGGCGCAAUGGUACUGGCGCCUGCCUAUGGUCUUUCUUCAGACCCUGGCGGUCACCCGCGAAGAUCGCAACUCCAGCUCCAAGGCCGUCAACGCCAUCGCCUCCCAUGCGGACAGGUGCUUGAAGGGCGACCUUAGCAUGCCCCUCAUGAUCUAUCCUGAGGGGACCACAACAUGCGGCAAUGCCAUCUGUCGCUUCAAGACCGGAGCUUUUCGCCCAGGCGUUCCCAUUCAACCCGUCGUGCUGCGUCUGUUCUAUACUCACUUCAACCCCUCGGAGAGCUUUGAAUCGGAACUCUGGUUUUGGCGCGCUUUCUCCCAGUAUGCCUAUCAUAUGAAGCUUGAGUUUUUACCCGUGUACUAUCCCACCGAGGAAGAGCUUGAUGAUCAUCAUCUGUACGCCGAUAACGUGCGCCGCAUCAUGGCCCGAAAACUCAACCUGCAUUCUGCCGACUACUCCAUGUACGACGUCCUCCUUCAAUAUAACGCCCGCAAGCUCGGUCUGCCUCCGCUCUUAUGCUCCGUCGAGUGGGGCUACUUUGCCGAUAAUUUUGACCUUCGCAUGGAGUUUGCCAACGGUGCCAUGGAAAUCUUUGCCGACAUGAACACGACCAAGGAUGCCUUGCUGACCCUCAACCAGCUCUACGCAGGCACGGCAUGGCUCCAACCGCCCACGCUACUCGUGUCAUGGUGUCUGCUCAAGCUUGGUAUCAAGGUGGAUUAUGAAGACGUGGCGGACUUACUCGCAGAUCACGAGCAAGCACUCACCUUUCGGCAGUUUCUGUACUUGAUCUGUGAUCGCCAAGCGCCAUUGGAUCAGAUUCAGAUCAAACCGCGAGCUAGCUCCAUCGAGUCCAAAACUCGUUGA